CAGCGUCUGCGGGCUGGUCCCAAACUAAUCCGACCAGGGAGAAGAAUAGCACCAAAGCUGGCGAUGCGGAAUUUUUCCUUUGAAUACUAAGGAAAAGUUUGCUUAAAAUACAGAAAUACUAGUCAUUUCUUCCUCGUUUCCUCAAAGGGGGGUGCUGCCCGUUUCAAACAGGAGCCUUUCCUUGAGCUGGAGAAUCAUGGCUGCCCCCCAGAGGUGCUUCGGAAAUAGCUGCUCAUAGCAGCUACCAAACACAGCGUCUUCGGGAUCAGGCCAGGGAGGACGGAUGACCACGGUGCACAUCAACCGGCACGUGACAGACAGACCUGUGGGUAAUGAGAACAGCAGGGGUAGGGUCAAGGGCUGGCAUGAGCUGGGGUGGGACAGCGAAGUGGGGAUUGACUGUCCCGAGGAUCUGGGGACCCUGCCCACAUGGCACGGCACUCAACUGGAGAAGAUAAAGUGCCCCCAGGAGGAGCUGAGGAGGAGAGGGGAGGCAGAGAGGCCUAUGCAGGAACUGGAGCUCAAUGCCUCAGUUAGACUGAGGAAGCUCUCCCAAAAGCCCAAGGUCGGCAUCGACAAUCCCACCUUCGAUGCCUUAGAGGGGCACACCGGGGCUAAGAAGGGGACCCAGGAUCCAGGAGCUUUCGCAGCACCACUGGAGCUGGACGAGCUGCUGACGUCUCUGAAGCAGGUGCAGCAAUGCCUAGACGACACACAGAGCCAGCAGGACGUGCAGCUGGUGCUGGCUCUCCUGCAGAAGGCUGACUUCCAGAAAGCUGUGCAGGUCCACAACACCGUGGCUCUGCAUACAAGCAGCUUGGGAAUGCCCAUCCCACUCACAGCCCAGGCCCAGGACCUGGUGCAGGAGGUGCAGACCAUGCUUCAGUCCAGCCAGCAGGUGGAGGGCUUGGAGCUGAAUGCCCUCCUGAAGUCACCAAACCUGCAGGCGCUGAUGCUGGCCCAUGACAGCGUGGCCGAACAGGAGAUGCAUCCAGGACCCGGGCUGCCCCCGGAGGUGCCCGACGAAACUUUGACGCACUACUGGGGGGAGACCAUCAAGCUGGUGCAUCUGGAGAAGUCAAAGAACGUUCCCCUGGGCGUGACGGUGCGUAACGAGCUGGACAGCGUGGUCAUUAGCCGCGUCAUGAGGGGCGGGGAAGCCGAGAGGAGCGGCCUGCUGCUCGAGGGGGACGAGAUCUUGGAGAUCAAUGGCGUGGAGAUCCGUGGCAGGGACGUCAACGAGGUCUUUGACAUCCUGGCGGAUAUGCAUGGCCCCCUGACCUUCGUCCUGAUCCCCAGCACACAGAACAAACCCCCACCCCAUCAGGAUUCUGUGGUGCACGUGAAAGCUUAUUUCGACUACGACCCGUCCGACGACCCCUACGUGCCCUGCCGUGAGCUGGGGCUCUCCUUCCAGAAAGGAGACAUCCUGCACAUCAUCAGCCAGGACGACCCCUGCUGGUGGCAGGCCUACCGGGAUGGGGACGAGGAGAACCAGCCGCUCGCAGGCUUAGUCCCGGGGAGAUCCUUCCAGCAGCAACGGGAGGCUAUUAAGCGAACGAUAGGGGUGGAUAGGGAUUCAGAGCAUCCAGAAAAGCUCUGGUGUGCAAAGAAGAACAAGAAGAAGAGAAAGAAGGUGAUCUACAGUGCCCACAAGAUCGGAGAGUACGUCAAUGAGGAGAUCCUGACCUACGAGGAGAUGUCACUGUUCCACCAACCGACCAGCCACAAGCGCCCCAUUGCCCUGAUCGGUCCUCCAAAUUGUGGCCAGAUCGAGCUGCGACAGCGACUGCUGUCCAACGAGCCAGAGAGAUUUGGUGGUGCUGUUCCACACACCACACGCCCCCGACGGGAGCUCGAGGUCAGCGGGCGGGAGUACCACUUCGUGUCCCGGCAGGCCUUUGAGGCGGACGCCGCGUUGGGCAAGUUUCUCGAGUCGGGGGAGUUUGAGAAGAACCUGUACGGCACAAGCACCGACUCUGUUCGGCAGGUGAUCAACGUGGGGAAGAUCUGCCUGCUGUCUCCACACACUAAGUCCCUGAAAGUGCUGCGCUGCCCAGAACUGAAACCCUACGUGAUCUUCAUCGCCCCUCCAUCUCAGGAGCGCUUGCGCGCCCUCCUGGCCAAGCAGGGCAGGAACCCGAAGCCAGAGGAGCUAAAGGACAUCAUCGACAAGGCCCGGGACAUGGAGCAGAACUUCGGGCACCUGUUUGAUGCCACCAUCGUCAUGACGGAGCAGGAGAAAGCCUUGCAGGAGCUGCUGAGGCUGAUCGACAAGUUGGACAUGGAGCCCCAGUGGGUUCCCUCCCCCUGGCUGCGCUAAAGCCGCCACAUGGAAUCUUCCAAAAGGGGUAUCGGCACUUUUUUCAUUGCAGAGGGGUGGCAGAUCAGUUAAUUAAAAUUAAAUUAAUUGUUAACAGACUGAAUGACAGCUAAGAGUUGGGACAGACUCUCCUUCAUGAAACCUAUGUUUAGAAGGACACUUCCAUUGUCUUGUCCAGUUAGAUCCCUCCUCCAUUCCAUAUUCAUAUCAUAAACGUAUCACCGCAAUAUUGCAAGCAGUAUGUCUGGCUACUUUUUAUAUUCAUGUUUUGCUUUUCUGCAGACAGAAAAUACAUAAAUAUUUGCGGC